UUUGUUUUGAUUAUUCUUGCUUUAAUACGCAACAAAAUGCUAUUAAAGUGUAUAUGAAUUCAUUUUAUGGCACUGCUGGGGAUAGUAAAUCCCCUUUCUUCUUGCGUGAACUGGCUGGGGGUGUCACUUCGGCUGGACAGAGAAAUAUCAAACUUGUUGCGGAUUUCGUUGAAAGCAAGGGUUUCCAGAAAAAAUAUGGAGAUACAGAUUCUUUAUAUCUAGUCUGUCCAGAAGAAUGUUUUCAGAAAUGUGAUGAGGCAUAUGACAAUGGUAAUGGGAUCUCGAAAGAAGAAUAUUGGUCUAGAAUGGUGAACAUCUCUAUGGAAGUAAUAGAAAGACUUCGUGAUGAAGUUAAUAACUUUCUCAGAAAUGAUAAUGGAUCAUCUUAUCUCAAAAUGGCGUAUGAGGAAGUCUUAUUUCCAGUAGUAUUUACUGGAAAGAAAAAAUACUACGGCAUCCCACAUAGAAGAGAACCCAACUUUAAUAAUAAGCUUUUCAUCCGGGGAGUCGAGACUGUAAAGCGAGGGCAGUCUAAAUACUUUCGUGAGGUGGGUAAGAAGGUCAUGGAUGAAUCUAUGAGGCUGGAUAAUACUCGCACCUUGCAUCGGAUUGUGGAGGACGUGCUCAAAGAGACCAUAAAUGAUAUUUCACAGAUAGAUCUUAAUGAAGUGGUUAAAACUGCUGUGUGGAGGCCCGAUAAAAAUAACAAGAGUGUCCAGCGUUUCAUUUCACGAAUGCGGGAUAGACACACCCGUGAAGAAGCAGACGCUAAACGGCGCAUAAAAAAGGGCCUAACACCCGAGUCUUAUCUUUAUGAAAUUCCAGAACCAGGUGAGCGUUUUGAGUAUAUUGUAGUUGAAAAUGAUUCUUCACAGAAGGUGGGAGAUAAAAUGGAGUAUCCAGAGGUAGUGAGGCGAUUAGGUAAAAAGAUCGAUAUUAGCUAUUAUCUGAAAACCGUUGUCGGUCUUUGUGCACGAUUUAUUAACUAUGAUGAAAUAUUCCAGCCAUCAUCCGAAAUUGUGCUGGAGGCCUUAAAAAAGUUAAAAGAUG